AUGCAAUCUACUUCUGACGCGAGCGCUGGAUUCCCUCAUGUACGUCGCUGCUUCUACGUCCAUGGGAAGCCAGCUGUUAAUGAUGGCACCGUCGACCCCGCCGCGACGAGUUGCACUCUGUACGUCGAGCAUCUCACUCCCUACACUUCGACACCACCGACAGCCGGGAGCAAGAGCAAACCACCACCCAUCAUCUUCAUCCCCGGCGCGGCCCACACCAGCGCAUGCUGGGUGACGACGCCAGACGGCCGGCCGGGCUGGUCGUCAUACUUCCUCGCCCGCGGCCACGACGUCUACCUCGUCGACCCGCCCUUCACGGGGCGCAGCCCUUGGGCGCCGCAUUUCUCUCACUCGGCUUCGUCUUCCGAUGUGCUCACCACGAUUCCGGCGCAAGUCAUCGCGGGCCGCUGGACAGCGCUCGCGCAGCAGGCGCCGUGGCCGCAGGCGCGGCUGCACACGCAGUGGCCCGGCACGGGGCGGCCGGGCGAUGCGGCAUUCGAGGCGCUCGCCGCGUCGCUCGUGGCGCUGCCGCACGACGUGCCCGAGGCGGCGACACAGCGGGCGAUGCGGGCGGCGGGCGCGGCGCUGGUGGACCGGAUCGUCGGCGAGGCCAGAAGAAGAGGCCGGGGGGAUGAUCAUCGGGCGGACAUAGGCGAAGAGGAAGAAGAAGAAGAGGUGGUUGUGCUCGUCGCGCACAGUUUAGGCGCGCCGCGAGCCCUGUUGAUCGCUGACGCGCGCCCGUCGCACGUGUCCGGGUUGGUGCUGCUCGAGCCAAACGGCCCGCCGUGGAGCGAGCAGGCGCUGGGCGGCAUGCUUCUGAAGAGGCCGUGGGGGUUGACCGAGGCGGAGAUUACGUGGAGCCCUCCUCGUGGUCUUUCAGCGAUUGCUGGUGGACAUGAUGAGGCUGGGGUGGUGGCUGUUGGGGAUGAUCGUGAUGAUGAUGAUGUGCGCGGUGGCGAUCAUACCGUUAUCACCCCUCAGGAGGCCCACUUCAACUUGAAGACGGAGAAAUCGACCGAUCCGGCAAGGAAUGACUGUACGCUGCAAGUCGAGGAUGAGAGCAGCGGUAUCGCACCCCGGGUGUUGAGUAAUCUCGUGGACGUGCCUGUCGCAGUCAUCACCGGCGAGGCCAGCCAUCACGCAAUGUACGACUGGUGUACCGUCCGGUUCUUGCGCCAGGCAGGCGUCAAGAGAGUCGAUCACAUCGAGCUUUGGAAGAAGGGCAUCCGGGGUAACGGGCACCUGUUCAUCUCCGAGAAGAACAGCGACGAGAUUGCUGAAGUGACGAGGGUGUGGAUCGACAGCCUAGGUGCACGUUGA